CCUGGACGGAAGGAUGGUUUUGAAACAGUGCCUUAGACUUUGGUUUUGAGCCUUAGACGGUCAGACGUUGUGUUGAUACACGGAGGCUAAAGUACACCCUGGGUGCUCAGAAUGGCCCUGCAAUAGUUUAUCUUCCGCAAGGAGUUCUGUGUUUAGGAAGGAUUUUUUUCCCUUUAUCAAUUGUUGGUGUGGAAACUUAAAUUAAAAAGUAAAAUGAAUCGUCCUAAGGCAGCUACAGUUCGGAGACCCAGUACUGCUGCAAAAUCAUCAGGUCAUCCACCACCAGGGGAUUUUAUAGCUUUGGGGUCCAAGGGACAAUCUAAUGAAUCCAAAGCCCCCUCCAAUCUUCUGAAGCCAGCGCCAUCAGCAUUAACAUCAGAACGGAAGCGUGACGCCUCAGCUGCUUUAGCCACUACUUCAGGACUGACGGGCCUCACAAAGCGCCCAAAGCUAUCACCCACUCCCCCAUUGAGUGCACUUGGGCGUCUAGCAGAAGCUGCAGUGGCUGAGAAACGAGCUAUCUCUCCAUCAAUUAAAGAGCCCUCGGUUGUCCCAAUUGAAGUCCCGCCUGCGUCUUUGCUUGACGAUAUUGAGGCAUCAGAGUUAGAGGGCAACGAUGACCGCAUUGAAGGGGUUCUUUGUGGAGCAGUGAAACAACUAAAAAUGAAUCGUGCCAAACCCGAUCCCACACUCUAUUUAAGUUUAAUGUUCCUGGCGAAAAUUAAACCGAACAUAUUUGCAACGGAGGGUGUAAUUGAGGCUUUAUGUAGCUUACUGCGAAGGGAUGCCUCAAUCAAUUUCAAAGCCAAAGGGAACAGCCUGGUAUCUGUGCUUGCCUGUAAUCUUUUGAUGGCAGCUUAUGAAGAAGAUGAGAAUUGGCCUGAAAUUUUUGUAAAGGUGUAUAUAGAAGAUUCUCUAGGAGAGAGAAUAUGGGUUGACAGUCCCCAUUGUAAGACAUUUGUUGACAAUAUUCAGACCGCUUUCUGCACAAAAAUGCCUCCGAAGAGUAUGUCUCUACAAGGGGAGACUGUUAGAAUGGCAGGAGACCUCAGUGCAGGCAGCAGUCCUCAUCCUUCCAUGACAGAGGAAGAAGACAGUCAAACUGAACUUCUCAUCGCAGAGGAGAAACUGAGCCCUGAACAAGAGGGACAACUUAUGCAAAGGUAUGAAGACCUUGCAGAGAGUGUGGAGGAGUACGUCCUUGACAUGCUGCGAGAUCAACUGAACCGUCGGCAGCCAAUGGAUAACGUCUCAAGAAAUCUCCUUCGCUUGCUCACUGCCACAUGUGGCUACAAAGAGAUACGGCUUAUGGCUGUUCAGAGGCUGGAGAUGUGGUUGCAGAACCCAAAGCUAACCCGCCCAGCCCAGGACCUUCUCAUGUCUGUCUGCAUAAACUGUAAUACACAGGGGUCUGAAGAUAUGGAAGUGAUUUCCAACCUAAUCAAAAUUAGGCUUAAACCCAAGGUUCUGCUCAACCAUUAUAUGCUGUCUGUAAGGGAACUUUUGAAUGCUCACAAGGAUAACCUUGGCACAAUGGUGAAAUUUGUUAUUUUUAAUGAGCUCUCCAAUGCUAGAAAUCCAAACAACAUGCAGGUUUUAUACACUGUGCUUCAGCACAGCUCUGAGUUGGCUCCAAAGUUCCUAGCUAUGGUUUUUCAAGACCUUCUUAUAAAUAAAGAUGAUUACUUACGAGCGUCCCGAGCUUUACUCCGAGAGAUUAUCAAGCAGACAAAGCAUGAGAUUAAUUUCCAAGCGUUCUGCCUCGGGCUGAUGCAGGAGCGAAAAGAAUCUCAGUACACGGAUCUGGAGUUCAAGGAGCGGUUUGUGACCCACAUCACUGAUCUGCUUGCUGUGUCCAUGAUGCUUGGAAUUACUGUACAGGUGAAGGAGGCUGGAGUUGCGUGGGACAAAGGAGAGAAGAAGAGUUUGGAAGUCCUACGAUCCUUUCAGAAUCAGAUCGCUGCCAUCCAGCGAGAUGCGGUUUGGUGGCUUCAUACAGUUGUUCCAACAGUAAGCAAACUAUCGGCAAAAGAUUACGUACAUUGUCUCCACAAAGUACUUUUCACUGAACAACCAGAAACAUACUACAAGUGGGAUAACUGGCCCCCAGAAAGCGAUCGCAACUUUUUUCUACGCCUCUGCUCUGAAGUGCCUUUACUUGAGGACACUUUGAUGCGUAUCCUGGUUAUUGGCUUAUCUCGUGAUCUUCCACUUGGACCCGCAGAUGCUAUGGAGCUGGCUGAUCAUUUGGUGAAACGGGCUGCAGCGGUACAAUCUGACGACUUGGAGGUCCUUCAUAUAGAGAGAAUUCAGCUCAUUGAUGCCGUACUAAAUCUGUGCACUUACCACCAUCCCGAGAACAUUCAGUUACCCCCCGGCUACCAGCCUCCUAACCUGGCUAUUUCAACGCUUUACUGGAAGGCUUGGCCUCUCUUACUUGUUGUAGCUGCAUUUAAUCCAGAAAACAUAGGUUUGGCAGCCUGGGAGGAAUAUCCAACCUUAAAGAUGCUUAUGGAAAUGGUCAUGACAAACAAUUAUUCCUUUCCUCCGUGCACUGUAACUGAUGAAGAGACAAGAACAGAAAUAAUUAAUCGGGAACUUCAAAUCUCUCAGCGUGAGAAGCAGGAAAUUCUAGCGUUUGAAAGUCAUCUUGCAGCGGCAUCGACCAAGCAAACUAUAAAUGAAAGCAACAGCUUGCUACUAUCCCAGCUUACUAGCUUGGACCCACAGGGCCCUCCUCGUCGCCCACCACCUCAUGCAAUAGAACAGGUGAAAACUCUGAACCAAUCAUUACGUCUUGGUCACCUCUUAUGUCGCAGCCGCAAUCCUGACUUCCUUCUCAACAUCAUUCAGAGACAGGCAUCUUCACAAUCGAUGCCGUGGCUGGCAGAUCUAGUCCAGUCUAGCGAGGGCUCACUGGAUGUGCUGCCAGUGCAGUGCCUGUGUGAGUUCCUGCUGCACGAUGCUGCUGAUGAAUCAGCUACUGGUGAAGAUGAUGUGGAAAAUGAAAGCAAGGAGCAACGAGCCAAGAAACAACAGCGGCAGCAAAAACAGAGGCAACUUCUUGGCAGACUACAAGAUUUGCUGCUUGGCCCAAAGGCAGAUGAGCAAACAACUUGUGAAGUACUUGAUUACUUCCUUCGGCGACUCAGCUCAUCCCAGGUUGCAUCACGUGUGCUGGCUAUGAAGGGUUUAUCUAUGGUUCUCACAGAGGGAGGGCUACAAGAUGGGGAAGACAAAGACCAUAACAUGGAUGAAGACUCUGGUGACUCAGAACUCAUGCAGGGAUACCAAUGGUUGCUGAGAGAUCUACCGAGACUUCCACUGUUUGAUAGCGUGAAAGGAACUACAUCAGUAGCUCUGCAACAGGCUGUUCACAUGGAAACUGACCCUCACACAAUUAGUGCCUAUCUGGUGUAUCUUUCCCAGCACGCUCCCGUUGAAGACCAGGCACGUCACAAUGAUCUUGCUUUGGAUGUGGCCCGUCUGAUAGUAGAGAGAUCCACGAUCAUGACUCACCUUUUCUCAAAGCUCUCAUAUAGUGCAGAAUCUGACGCUGUUCUCACGGCGCUGCUUUGCAUCUUCUCUUGUUAUGUUCAGCGCAUGCGGAAGAACAAAGAGGGCGACGAGGUGUACAGCUGGUCGGAGUCCCAAGACCAAGUAUUCUUGAGAUGGACCACCGGGGAAACUGCCACUAUGCACAUUCUAGUUGUUCAUGCCAUGGUCAUCCUUCUCACUCUGGGACCUCCCCGAGCGGAGAGUGACUUUUUUCCCUUGUUGGAUAUAUGGUUUCCUGAAAAGAAACCCCUUCCUACAGCGUUCUUAGUAGAUACAUCAGAGGAAGCACUGCUACUUCCUGAUUGGCUAAAGCUGCGAAUGAUCCGCUCCGAAGUCCCUCGUUUAGUUGAUGCUGCCCUGCAAGAUCUGGAGUCUCAGCAGCUGCUUCUCUUCGUUCAGUCUUUUGGGAUCCCUGUGUCAAGUAUGAGCAAACUUUUGCAGUACCUGGAUCAAGCCGUGUCCCAUGAGCCUCAGUCACUAGAACAAAACAUCAUGGAUAAAAACUAUAUGGCUCAGCUUGUGGAGGUUCAGCACGAGAGAGGAGCUACAGGCGGACAAACCUUCCAUUCUCUGCUGACUGCUUCAAUUCCAAACAGACGGGAAAGCACUGAUGCAGUGAAGAGGAAGCCACCCGCAGAAACCCCCCAGGGACAAGUGCGAGCAAGAGCACUAACUCAGAUCCCUGUCUUGGGUCCAGAAGAUGAUCUCGCUGGAAUGUUCUUACAGCUUUUCCCCUUGAACCCAGAUCCCCGAUGGCAGAACACAAACCCCCGGCCCAUUUCCUUGGCCCUGCAACAAUCUCUUGGACAGGAGCUUGCCCGUAUCCGACAGGGCAACACCCAACUGUCAGGGAUAGCAGUGCGUCUUCUUCAAGCUAUAGCAGCUUUGCUGAUUUCACCACACAGUGGAGCUCUUGCCCUGGCUAUGCACCGGAAUCACUUCAUCUCCUGUCCGUUGAUGCGACAGCUGUAUCAGUAUCAACACUGUGUCCCACAGGAUACAGCUUUCUCUUCGCUUUUCUUCAAAGUCCUCAUGCAGAUGUCACAGUGGUUAGAGAGUCCAAAUGUUGAAGAAGGUCCUCUUCGUUCCCAGCUCAAAUCUUUUGCAGCUCAGUACUCCUCAAAGCAUAGACUCAGUGACGUUCGAGGAGGAUUUUUGCACCUUGCCGAAGCACUGGCAUUUUUUCGGGAGCCGGAUGUGACUAAUUCCACAGUACGCGCCAUUAUUACUACUUUGAAAUCUGGAGAUAAGUGCAAUGUGGAACCAGAGUUUAUUAGCAAAGUUCUUAAAGGUCUAAUAGAAACAAAAUCUCCAUAUUUGGAAGAGUUUCUUAGCGUCUUGUUCUCCGUAACCAUUGAAACAACGUCCAGGUUUACUGCCUCUGGUCCGGUGGCCGUGGUUAGCUCUUUGUUACUGCAAGAGAGAGAGGAGUCUUCUGUCAAGAAAGGAAGCGAGUGCACCAGCCCUGAAGCUGCCCGAGCAAGCCCUUCUGGUCUGCUCAUUGACUGGUUGGAUUUACUAGACCCUGAGGUUAUAAGCAGCUGUCCGGAUCUGCAACAAAGGCUGUUAUUUUCCUGGAAUAAGGUGAAAGGUUCAUCUGGAUCACAUCCUCCAUCUUUUCGCCCAUAUCUAUUAGCACUUCUUACUCAUCAAGCCAACUGGACUACAAUACAUCAGUGCAUUAGUAUCCUGCUUAGCAAACAACGAGAACAACGGUUUGACCCGUCGGCUUCUCUGGACUUCUUGUGGGCAUGCAUUCAUAUUCCACGUAUUUGGCAGGGAAGGGACCAACGCAUUCCACAGAAACGUCGAGACGAGUUUGUAUUGCACCUAAAGCUGUCAGAACUUAUCUGUCUAGUGGACCUCAUUAUAUCAGAGUCUGACACUAGAAGCCAAGGAACUGAAGACGUUUCUUGUUCCACGAUCCAGACACGCUUACCGUUACUGCUUAAUUGUUGCCACGAUAAUCCAGAAACUCUCAAAAAAAUUACAGAUCAUUUGACCAAUUGCAUAAAGCAGUGGGGAAAUAGCUCUUUAGGGAAGCAGUGCCGAGACUUCCUGCUGCAGCUUUAUUUGCAGCUACCAGAAUUGAUUGCGCCAGUACCAGAAAUCUUGCUGACAAGUCAGGGGGUUACAGACAGCAGCACCUGCAAAAUGGAUGCACUUAUUCACCGGUUUAUUACGCUGUUGGCUGAUACCAGUGACUGCAAGGAGAGCCGCAUGACUGACGCUAACAUGGCUUGUCGCAAGCUUGCGGUAGCACACCCUAUCUUGUUGCUAAGGCAUUUGCCCAUGAUAGCAGCUUUGCUUCACGGAAGGGUACACUUAAAAUUCCAUGAGUUUCGGCAGCAGAACCAUUUACCAUUCUUCACUCAUGUCAUGGGCAUCCUGGAGCUGCUGCAGCCACAGGUGUUCCAUAGUGAGCAUCAGGAAGCUUUGUGGGAUUGCCUCCUCUCCUUCAUCCAACUGUUACAGAAUUAUAGGAAAUACUCCCGGCAGCUUGCUGGCUUCAUCAGUAAAUUUGUGCAGUUUAUUCACAAAUACAUCACAUGCGAUGCACAAGCAGCUGUGGCCUUUCUGCAGAAGCAUUCGGACCCUCUUCACGGCUUGUCAUCAGACAACAGUGAUCUGACUAUGCUGAAGUCUCUUCUUGCGGGUCUGAGCCUACCCAGCAGAACAGGGACUUUAGACAAGAGCUCCGAGGAGGAAAAAGAAGAAGAAACCGGCACAGGUUCUCUACCUUUGGUCAGCGUCUCAUUUUUUACUCCACUUACUGCGGCAGAAAUGGCGCCUUAUCUUAAAAGGAUCUCUAGAAGUCAGACAGUAGAGGACAUCCUGCAGGUUCUGAGUGAUAUAGAUGAAGUGUCCAAGCGUAGACCUGAAAUCCUCUCUUUCUUUGCUAGUGAUUUUCAGAGGUUGAUGAGUUCCACAGAGGAAUCCUGUCGCAAUCUGGCUUUUAGCCUGGCUUUACGUUCUAUACAGUGCAAUCCUAGUAUCGCAACUGAUUUCCUCCCCACUUUCAUGUACUGCUUGGGUAACAAAGACUUUGAAGUGGUGCAGACUGCGCUGCGGAACUUGUCCGAGUACACGCUCCUUUGUCAGGAAUACGCUGCCGUUCUGUUGCACAGAGCGUUCCUGGUUGGUAUGUAUGGGCAGAUAGACACCAGCCCUCAGAUUUCGGAAGCCUUAAAGGUUCUUCACAUGGAAGCGAUGAUCUGAAAUUAUCCUGAUUACUUGAAUAGAAAUGGACAUCUUGACUCUGGAGAAAACUUUCUUGUGGACUUUAUAUGACAUGCAGACCAACAGUGUACAUUUUAGCAAUUUAUUUUUUUAGUUUGUAAUAAAUCUGUUACUGUU